AUCUUGAAUAUCUCUGUAAACCCUUGACAUGAUAAGUUUUUAUCAGCCAUCAUUUUCAAUAUGCCGAAGAUGCUUAUAUUUGUCAACAUCUGUAUCAACUAAAAUCAUUCCUUAGAUCUUUACAAGUAAGGAAAGAGAUGGUGUUGAAGCUAUGCGUGGAGAUGGCCCUGGUGGGGGCAAUAGCCUCAGUCUUCGUGGUGGCAGCACAGGGCUGGGCGGCCGAGCGCGCGGCGGAGGAGGGGGCCGGCCGGGACUACAUGGACAAGCUCAACGAGUGGUCCGGGACGCUGAAGAACAGGAUGUCACUGGCGCAGUGGGACUACGAGAUCAAUAUUACGAGGCACACUGAGGAGAGGAUGAUGCAAGUAUCUUUAGACGUAGCUGAACAAGAAAAAGAGUACUGGAAGGACACGAUGACGUACUUCUGGCGAGAAUUCGAAGACGAGAAUCUGAAGAGAAUGUUCCAGAAGCAUUCGGUGCUCGGCACGUCGGCUCUGCCAGAGGAUUUGAACGAAAGACUGAUACAAGCCAAGAACAACAUGCAGACUACAUACGCUAAAGCGACAAUAUGUGAUUACCAUGAUAAGAAAAAGUGUGAUCUGCACGUCGAGCCAGAGGUGACAAAUAUAUUUGCGAAGAGCCAAGACCCAGAAGAGCUGAAAUACACCUGGCUGGAGUGGCAUAAGGCUGCCGGAGCUCCUUCCAAACAUUACUUUACUGAGUACGUUACACUGAACAAUGAAGCUGCUAAAAUGAAUGGAUUCGACAGCUCAGCGGAGUGGUGGCUCAGCGAGUACGAGGCCAAGGACAGCGAGAAGCAGUUCAUCAAGCUGUUCAACGACAUCAAGCCGCUGUACCAACAGCUGCACGCGUACGUGCGAAGGCAGCUCCGGAUGAAGUAUGGCGAUGAGGUAGUGCCGGCUAAAGGACCAAUACCAGCGCAUCUACUUGGUAACAUUUGGGCCCAGGAUUGGAAGAACAUCGAAUCUUUUUCAAAGCCUUACCCUGACAAGCCAGAAGUGGAUAUUACUGCUGCUUUGGUUGCACAGAACUAUACGGCGUUGAAAAUGUUCAAAACUGCAGAAGAGUUUUUUACCUCCAUAAAUUUGAGUCCCAUGCCCGAUAACUUCUGGGAGAACUCUGUUAUAGAAAAGCCAACUGACGGCAGAGAAAUGGUCUGCCAUGCUUCUGCUUGGGAUUUCUUCGAUUCAGAAAACUUUAGAAUAAGACAGUGCACAACCAUCACUGAUUCCUUCUUCAAAACAACUCAUCAUGAAAUGGGCCACAUCCAAUAUUACAUUCAGUACAAAGACCAGCCCACCGUUUACAAACAAGGAGCCAAUCCAGGUUUCCACGAAGCAGUUGGUGAUGUGAUAGCUCUCUCAGUGGCUACACCAAAACAUUUAAGGGUUAUGGGAUUGAUGGAAGAUGGCCCCGAUGAUAUAGAAACUAACAUAAACCAACAAUACAAAAUGGGUCUAGAAAAGAUCGCCUUCUUACCCUUCGCCUACCUCCUAGACCUGUUCCGCUACAGCGUGUUCCGCGGCAUCACGUCCCCUCACAACUACAACUGCCACUACUGGCGGCUGCGGGAGGCCCUGCAGGGGGUGGAGCCGCCGGCGCCGCGCUCCGAGUUCGACUUCGACCCCGCGGCCAAGUACCAUGUCGCUGCCGACGUGGAGUAUAUGAGAUACUACAUCUCGUACAUCAUCCAGUUCCAGUUCCACCAGUCGCUGUGCAAGCUGGCGCAAGAGUACGCCCCCGGAGAUAACAACAAACUGCUGUCCAACUGUGACAUCUACCGGAGCACCGAGGCUGGAAAUGCACUGAAGGCUAUGCUCAAGUUGGGUUCAUCGAAGCCAUGGCCCGACGCGAUGCAGGCGCUCACGGGACAAAGAAAAAUGGACGCCAGUGGACUGCUCGAGUACUUCAAGCCUCUUCAUGAUUGGCUGAAGGCUGAGAACGAGCGAACUGGAGAGUUUAUCGGAUGGGAGCCUAGUACUGUCCCAUACUGCACAACCAGACAAAGAGACGAAAUGGAAAUCAAUGGAUUUAAUCAGAAACUCAGGAAGCUAUCACUAAUAUAAGUAUGGAAUUCGUCAAUUUAUAACUGUAAAUAAUGUACAUUAGCUAGCUGUAAUAAAUUUCAUCCUUUCUGAA